UGACAUUUUUGUUGACGAUACUGAAAACGCGAACAGGCAUUUGACACCGAAAGAGCUAGUGGAAGAAGAUCCGGCUAUGACAGAAAAGCGCGACAGUUGGGAGAAAACUACCAGUAGGCUAAAGGAAAUGAAAACUGAAUUGGAAACAUUUACCUACUAUAUGUCAUAA